AUCAUCCACCAAUAAAUGCAUCAAUGCCUUGGAAGCCCUAUUGUUUCUUCCUCAGCCAUGGCGCUUGUUGCUGGUUCUGCUGCUUAUCAGGUGCUCAGAGGUGUUACUGGAACGUUCCCCACUCAGUCUGCAACAUUACUGGCGAGGGCCCCUGCUUUGUGCGCUCGCACUCUGAAUAGGCGGAGAAUGAGCUCAAGACGACAAACUGAUCACUUGGAGAGGACUGCAAAUACAUUUAGACAAGAGAUAAUCUCUCCUGCCAAGGUCUGUGAGAUCACCAAUGAAUCUGCAACUGUAAAAAGAGUGCGCCUUGCUAUUGCCAAUAGGGAAUUCACUUUUAAAGCAGGGCAGUGGGUAGAUUUCUUUAUACCCGGUGUACCUAAAGUGGGGGGCUUCUCAAUCUGCUCCUGUCCCGGCCUAUUGGAAACAGAGGGAGUGUUGGAAUUAGCUGUAAAGUAUAAUCUUCACCCUCCAGCUCACUGGAUUCACUCCCAGUGCACUCUGGGAUCAGAAGUCGCCGUACGUGUGGGUGGGGAAUUUUGCUUUGACCCUCAGCCUUCUGACCUGCCUUUGGAUCUUGUCCUAAUAGCUGGUGGAGUAGGAAUCAAUCCUUUAUUUUCUAUACUCUUACAUGUGGCGGAUCUUCACAAGACACAUGAAAUGACAGGAAGGGGUUUCCAAAUGGGCAAUGUUAAGCUCUAUUACUGCGCCAAAAAUACUGGCGAGUUGCUAUUCAAGAGAAACAUUCUUGAUUUGGUGAAGAGCUUUCCUGGAAAGAUCACAUGCAGCUUUCAUGUCACGCAACAGAGUUCACCAGUUUGUGUGGAGCUCCAGCCGUUUAUCACUGAGGGAAGAAUCACUGAAAAGGACCUGGCAUCGUAUGUAUCCACAGACCAGCUAUGUUAUAUAUGUGGACCUCCUCCAAUGAUUGAAUCCACGUGCAAACAGCUAGAAAGCCUUCAUGUACCAAAGGAGCAGAUUUUAUUUGAAAAGUGGUGGUAGCGUGAUAUCUACAGAGGAAUGCCAAGGACAAAAUGAUCAGCAUUCCCUCCUCUUUCUGUGGAUUUGACUUUCCUGACUUAUUUGUGAUUUUUAAACCAAGGCUUAGCUUGAUGUCAGCGUAAAGCCAUUACUCCAAUGGAUGAAAUACAAUGAGUUUUAGUGUAUAUUUUUUAUAUAUAUAUAUUUUAUUUAAACACGGUUCAUUGUGCACUCUGCUUUUCUUUAGGCAGUAGCCCACGUACCUGUCCUGCGGAUCCUAACUGCAAGGUUGGAUAUCUGCAUAGCAACUCAGGCGUCAUUUUACUUCAUAGAUUGUUACAGAAAUAAUGUUUGUGGAUUGAAAUCUUGUAAGGAUGAUGGUUUGGAAUCCACUGCGAUAAAAGGAAAAAAUAUCAACAUAAAAAAAACUAUAAUUUGCCACUUUCAAAUGCACACACAAAAUGCCAUUUUUUGGGGGACUUUCUUUGGGAUAGGGCAGUGCAGAUAUCCCCCUUUCCAUAUGAAAAUCCUAUAAACCCUAAAGGCACAAUAUACACACUCACUUUUAAAGGGAAAGAGUAUAACCAUGUAGUAACAUGAGACAUAAGUGCCUUCAAAUCCAAAAACUUAGGGGAUAUACAAUUAAGCCUUAUAGACAUAUGGAUUUAUUAACUAUACAGGAAUGGGACCUGCUCUACAGAAUGCUUAGGAUCUGGGGAUUUCUAGAUAAGUGGUAUUUAUUAACAAACAUGGUUCUUACAGAAUAAAGUGUAGGCUCCCUCCACAGCCUAGGGAAAUCAGUAUUACAGUGUUACAGUAUUACAGUGUGCCAAUAGGAGAGAAGGAUGUGCAAGCUUAUGUAAAUGUAUGUACAGGUAUUGGUACGUUCUCCAUAAGUGCCAUAUAAUGAAAGCUGCCAGACUUAAAAAAUACAUUAAUAAUACAGAAACAAUUCUGUUGUCAGAAAUACACACACACACUCACCUUCAGAAGUACAAGAACACAAUUAGUUACUCCUAUAGAAAACAGAUGACUUUGAUCAUAAUUCAGACAAAAGGUAGAAGGGUCCACUUAUACUUCAGCAAACAGCUGAAUACUAGAGAAGCCGGUAUAUACUUAAGCCACUUAAACCUCUCUUCUAAUUAGAACUAAUUGGCAUAAUAAUACAUAAUUGGUCAUUUUACUAGCUCCUCCUAAUAGGGGAAGCAUAGUGAGAAGACAAAACAGCUAAUGUUUUAAUUGGCUGGCUUUGGAAUGAAGUGUUUUAUUUACAAUCUUACAGUUUUGCUGCAUUUUAUUUUGACUUGUUAAUGGUUUUCUCAAGGCUUCAACCUCCACAAUCUCAUUAUAGGGCUGUUUAUAUAUAUUAACAGUUGAGCUAGAGGAUUGUAUGCUGUUUACAUACAGGGAAAACUUUGCCUAUUUGUCCUGGGGGGGAGGGGGGAGGGGGUAAUAAUCAAACAAUUAUAAGUGUGUUAAUGUUAUCACAAAAUGAACUCUUUAAACACCA